CGUUGCGUUGUUGCCUGCCGUGGCAAGAGUUAUGAAAAAUAUUACUUAGACUCUACUAAAGGCUCCUCUGAUGCAGGAUGUUGAAUGUGUUUGUUAAAACUCAAGAAAAGGAAGCAGAUACCACGAGCCACAAGUCAUGAAGAGCCACAUGAAGAAAUGUAUGAUUGUGUGAUCUUAUGGUGCAACCAUGACGAGAGCAGCACUCGUAAAACUCCUCAUCCUCGUGAUCCUUGCCUUUAUCAUCUGCCUCCCAGAAUUCUUCACAUUGUAUAAAGUAUUAAAAGUGAAAUUCCUCUGCUUUCCCUACCGACCCUGUGAGCGAGGGAAUCAGGUGAAGAAGGGGGAAAAUGGGAAGCUUGGGGAUGCUGAAAGUAGGAGAAAGGAUAUGUGCAUCCCUUCGCAGACUCCAGGAAGUGAAAAGUGGGAGCAGGCCUGCACAGAAGAGCUUCAAAACAACACUACAGAUCCUGAGUCAGACUACAAGAGAGGAGAAGUAGACCCAGAAAAGAGCUGGUUCAUGUGUGAAACAGAUAUGGACAUGACAGAAAUACAAAGCAACAUCUCAUCUUCAGCUUUAAAAGUACAUUUGGAGAUGUCAGUGGAGCUUCAACUCAGAGAUGCAGAGACCCUGAAUCUCACCUUGUACAGCCGCAGUAAUCACAGCUCCUUACACCUCCACCCACCUGAGGAGGGGGAAGAAGAGGAGGAGAAGGAGAGGGAUGAUAAAGGACAGAGAAAGGCAUUUUACUGCUGUCUCCCUGUCCCGCCCACCUCGGAGUCAGCCAAUCAAAGCCGUUGUCUCCUUUGGCUCGCCAAUCAAACAGUUUUGACUGCAACAGCAAAGGAAAGGCUGCUAUGGAAACGGAAAGAUGAGUGGCAGUGUAUGUUCAGGGUGAUCUGGCUGGCUCUGCUGUGUUUGGUGAUGCUGACUAUAGUCACGACUGUGCUCGGACAAAUUUACUUUAGGGGACACCUGUGCAAAAAGCCCAAGGUACAGACUAUUGGUUACAACAUCACUGGCCAGCAGUUGAACGAUGGUGAGAAACACUCAGAGAUCAUCCUUUCCAAAGGGAUGAUCCCUCAGUCCUAUCAGUCCCGACCUUGGUCAGGACUGUCACCCAUUCAAGAAGUUGACACUCAAGAUGAGAUAGAAACUCUGCUGGACGGAAAUGUCGACCACUGCUAUACAGCACAUCUGCAUCAUCGCUGCCAUCCCGCCACAUCCUUCACAGAGGAGCAGGCCUGAUGACAGAGGAGCAACCAGAGGAGCACACAAAUGGCCUCAGAGUGGACUGGAUAAAAAUAAAAA